GAAGUCCUUCAAAGAUAAGUCUACCCUCAAAAAACACCAGACAGUUCACACUGGAGAAAAGCCCUGUAAGUGUAAAGAAUGUGGGAAGUCCUUUCGUCUAAUAUCUCACCUCACUGCACACCUCCAAGUUCACACUGGGGUGAAGCCAUAUGAGUGUAGAGAAUGGGAUGUCCUUUCGUCAAAGGUCUAAACUCACUAUACACCUCCGAGUUCACACUGGAGAGAAGCCAUAUGAGUGUACUGACUGUGGGAAGUCUUUUAGCCAAAAAUCCAGCCUUGAUAAGCACCUGAGAGUUCACACUGACGACAAGCAAUAUGAGUGCUCUGAUUGCGGAAAAUCCUUCAGUGAUAAGUCUUACCUCAAACAACACCAGAGAGUUCAUACUGAAGAUAAGCCAUAUGAGUGUACUGUAUGUGGGAAGUCUUUUAGGCAAAAAUCCACCCUUACUAAGCACCUGAGAGUUCACAGUGGCAACAAGCCAUAUGAGUGCUGUGAUUGUGGAAAAUCCUUCAGUGAUAAGUGUUAUCUCAGACUACACCAGAGAGUUCAUACUGGAGAGAAGCCAUAUGAGUGUACUGAAUGUGGUAAGUCUUUUGGCCGAAAAUCCGGCCUUAAUAGGCACCUGACAGUUCACAGUGGCAGCAAGCAAUAUGAGUGCUGUCAUUGUGGAAUAUCCUGCAGUAAUAAGUAUAGCCUCAAACGACACCAGAGAGUUCACACUUGAGAAAAGCCAUAUGAGUGUACUGAAUGUGGAAAGGCUUUUAGCCUAAAAUCUCACCUUUUUAGACACCUGAGAGUUCACAGUGGUAACAAGCCAGAUAAGUGCUGUGAUUGUGGGACGUCCUUCAAUGAUAAGUCUACUCAAAGAACACCAGAGAGUUCACACUGGAGAAAAGCCCUGUAAAUGUAAAGAAUGUGGGAUGUCCUUUCGUCUAAUAUCUCACCUCAUUGCACACCUCAUGGUUCACACUGGAGAGAAGCCAAGAGAGUGUACUGAAUGUGGGAAAUCUUUUAAUCACAAAUCUAGCAUUAUUAGACACCUGAGAGAUCACACUGGAGAGACAUGUUAAAUGUGCAGCAAAUGUUUUACUUUUCUCAGUAUAAGAACACUGAAGGCGACUCUUUGGGACCUGUUUUUCUGAAUUUAAACCUCUUUGAAUGGAACAUGUACUCUGAUAUAUUCCUCAUAAGUUUCAGGUACAAGUGAGGAUUGAAGGAUCUGCAUUUGUACUUGCUAACAUGCCCAGACCUACUACCCAAUUGAUGUCACAGUGAGCAUUUGUGGCCGAAGAGAUUUCAUCUCUACCACCUGAUUCACCUGAAGAGCGUGCAUCAGUCACAAACCCUGUGUGCUCAGGGGAAAUGUAUUCUGUG